AUGAACAGCAUUAACGAUGAUAAUGAUGCAUGCGGUGGUACAAUGGCAUUCGAUAGCGAAUCACCAAUAUUUCCUGAUAAUGAUGGAAUUGAACCAGAGAGUAACAAUGACAGAAAUGAUGUUGAAAAAGAAAAUAUUGAUAAUACGUAUUUAGAAAUGUAUUAUGAAGAUCUAAAACUGGGGAUUUUUAAAGAAAGGCCAAUUACAAGAGGUCGUUCAGAAUAUGGUUUGGAAGACCCAACCGAAAAAAUAAGAACACGCUCGGCAUUACUGUGUGAAGAUUUUAUUAAAUCGAUCAAACAAAGAUUUGCCGAAACACCAUCUGUAGUAAUAUCAAUGAGAAACUGCCUGGACCCUGCCCAGCUUUUUACUUCGGAUCCAAAGUUAAAUCCGCAAUAUGGAGUCAAAGAAUUGGAUGAUCUUAUAUUAUUUACAAAACAAAAUGCACCGUUAACAUUAAAUAUUGAUUUCGAUAUAGUUCGCGAUCAAUAUCAGUUAUGGAAAACAAGUUUUCUACAUG